AUGUCUACUUUAAAGGCUAGAAAGGAAGAGUUUGUUACGGGAUUGAACGGUGGUUCGAUCGAAGAAAUUAAUAUUGUUACCUCAGUUGCCUUAACUUCCUAUUUUUGUUGGAAUUUAUUAAAUGAAGCGAAUGGCGAUAACGAAUUGAAUAUAUUUGUAGAUUUUGCCCUUAAUUGGUUAGCACUUUUGUUAUCUAUAACGUUAUAUGCUGGUAAUAUAAAAUUGUUGAGUACUCUAAUGACAGUACCAUGUCUUAUAAUGUUCAUUUACUUCAAAUCAAAUAGAAGAGUAACUUCAAAGCAAAAGCCAAAAAAACCUGUUGCUAAGGAUGAAAAGUUCCAACUUUUAAGAAAACCAUACAUAUCUGCUUAUAGAUCUGGUAUGUUGAUACUAACAUGCCUAGCUAUCAUCGCGGUUGAUUUUCCAAUAUUCCCUCGUCGUUUCGCAAAAGUUGAAACAUGGGGAACGUCACUGAUGGAUCUAGGUGUUGGUUCGUUUGUAUUUAGUAAUGGUCUUGUUUCAUCAAGGAGAUUAAUGCAAUCAAAAACAAGAGUUAAUAUUUUUAGACGUCUGAUUGGCGCAUUACGUUCCAGUAGUAGUCUUCUAGUUCUAGGGCUCCUUAGACUAUAUUUUGUUAAGAACUUAGAUUAUCAAGAACAUGUUACAGAAUAUGGUGUACACUGGAAUUUCUUUAUCACACUGUCUUUCCUUCCAAUUGUUUUAGUCUUUAUCGAUCCCUUAGCAGAAUAUAUCCCAAGGUUCAUUAUUGCACUAAUCUUUUCAGGUAUAUACGACUGGAAGUUAGUUAAUGACCCAAAAUUCUUGAAAUUUUUGAUUUUAGAAGACAGAGAUAACCUAUUCAAUGCGAAUAGAGAAGGGAUAUUUUCAUUUAUUGGUUAUUGUGCAAUUUUCUUAUGGGGUCAAAGUACUGGUUUCUACCUAUUAGGGAACGUUCCAACUAUCAAUAACUUGUACAAGAACUCUACCAUUACUAUUGAUCACAAAAGGAAAUUGACAGGCUGGGCCAAGUAUACUACAGUUAGACCUCUUUCAGGGUUAUUGAUAUGGUCUGCAAUUCUAAUCACAUUAGACCAAUUAAUUUUAGCAUUCCAUCCACAUGCUGUCUCAAGAAGAUUUGCCAAUUUUCCAUACACUAUCUGGGUCGCUGCUUACAAUGUUGGGUUUUUGACGAUCUACUGUGCUGUUGAUCAAUUGUUUGGAAAUUAUAAGAAAAAAUACAACCUACCUGUUUCGUUAGAAGCAAUGAACUCCAAUGGUCUUGUCUUAUUCUUGCUAUCAAACGUUAGCACUGGUUUAAUUAACAUGUCAUUCACUACGAUUGAUGCCAGUGAUUACACGGCUCUCCUAACCUUAGUUAGUUAUGCCGCUUUUCUGGCAAUAGUUUCUACCAUUCUGUAUAAAAGAAGAAUUUUCGUAAGACUGUAA